CUGACGGGCUUUCUGCAGGAUAGGUGGUGACUGGCGUUCAACAUGAAGGUGGAAAAUCACUUGAGGGUCAGCAGCUUCAACUAUGCCCCUUACCACGUGACCGCAAAGCUGGGUCACAAUGUACCCGUUCAAGGAGUCUGCGGGGAAAUCCUGACCGCCAUUGCUCGGUCCAUGAGAAUGAAUUACAGCAUCGCCUUUCCAACGGACUCCUUUUGGGGACUCCGGAAGCCUGAUGGCAACUGGACUGGGAUCAUAGGAAUGUUGCAACGGGACGAGGCCGACCUGGCUCUUUCCGUGAUCAACCCGACGAGCGAAAAGAAAGACGUGGCCGUGGCAACAGAGUCUAUAGUGCCCAUUGAACUGGUCAUCAUGGCUGGGCGUCUGUCUCGUCAUGAGAGUGACAUUUUUGGGCUUAUACAAAUAUUUUCAUGGCAAGUAUGGACCUGCUUCGUUUGUGCCAUGAUCUUAUCAGCCAUCACAUGGGCACUCAGCGACAUUGUCCACUCACGGAAACAACCAGGGCAUAAUUUAAGCUUUUUGUCGACAUUCUUCGAUCACCUGUGGUUGUUCAUUGGAAACACCUGUGUUGAAGCGUCUCCUUCCACCCCAAACCGCGAUUCAGCACGGAUCGUCGUAGGGUCGUUCUGGCUGGUUGUGAUUAUCCUUACGACAGGCUUCGCGGGUAUGAUGAAGGCAAUGAUGAUGGUCAAAAACGAGGCCGACCGCAUCGACAGCAUAAGAGACCUGUCCCUCAGGCCCUGGAUGAAGCCAUACCUUCCUGCCGGAGGCGCCGCUGUGUCCUCAAUACGCGAUUCCAGGGAUACAUACUACCAGAAAGUGUGGCGCAUGGCACAAAAGCACAAGGGAAGCCAGCCACCGGCCGUCGUGCUGUCGGAGACCUCACUGCGCGAGGUCGUUGUCGGCAAAUCUGUGCUCAUCCUUAGUCGAGCAGCUGCAGCAGCGCGGGCCACGAUUGCAUGCUCCAAUUCUACGGUCGGAGAGUACUACGUGGGAGAGGAGCCCACGUUCUAUUUCAACUCUGUGUUCUACCUGAACAAAAGGAUGCCACUGGAGAGGCAACAAGCCAUCAAUAGUAGGAUUUUGUGGCUCCGUGAUUCCGGCCUGGUGGAAAAAUGGUGGAAAGAUUCGUCAGGCCACUGGAAAGGCUGCGGUCAGACCAUCAGCGACGGAAACAUCUCCUUCUCGGAUUUCAAGGAACUGCUUCUGUUCUGGAUGGUCAUGCUAGCCGCGUCAACUUGCGUUUUCGCCGUCGAGGUCUUAAGCAACCUUAGCUAUCGGAUCCGCCCGGCCAUUUGCAACCGCGAUGUCGCUUUCACAAAUGCGCAGGCGGAUUAGUAGUUUCUUCAAUGCAGUACCACAUUCUCGAUGCAAUUUUCCUAAUAGCU